UUAUAAAGUGCCGGCAGUCGGGGCCUCGCAUGCUCCCCGAGAGCCUGCAGCCCACACCCUCUCCUGUCCACCCCUGCCCGCCUGGCCAGGGCCCGGCCGCCCGCCCGUGGAUGAGCCACAGGACCUCCUCCACCUUCAGAGCGGAGAGAAGCUUCCAUUCGUCCUCGGCCUCCUCCUCCUCCUCGGCCUCCCGUGCCCUCCCAGCCCAGGACCCACCCAUGGAGAAGGCCUUGAGCAUGUUUUCUGAGGACUUUGGCAGCUUCAUGCGGCCCCACUCAGAGCCCCUGACCUUCCCAGCCCGCUCUGGGGGACCGGGCAACAUCAAGACACUUGGAGAUGCCUAUGAGUUUGCAGUGGAUGUGAGCGACUUCUCCCCUGAAGACAUCAUCGUUACCACGUCCAACAACCACAUCGAGGUCCGAGCUGAGAAGCUGGCUGCUGACGGCACGGUCAUGAACACCUUCGCUCACAAGUGCCAGCUGCCGGAGGAUGUGGACCCCACAUCGGUGACCUCGGCCCUGAGGGAGGACGGCAGCCUCACCAUCCGAGCACGACGCCACCCACAUACAGAGCACGUCCAGCAGACCUUCCGGACAGAGAUCAAAAUCUGAGGGUCUCCCCCUACCCCUGCCCUCCCGACUCCCCCACCUUCUCCCGACACUGGCCUGCCAGAGUUUUCCUAAGCACCUCAUGACAGCUUCCAGGACAUCUCAGCCCAUGGUCUAGCUCUGACACCCCCAGACCCCAGGUGGGUUACCCCCCCCAAACUGAGGCCUUAUGCUCUGCCCAGGGCUGCCAGGGUCCCCCUAGCCUCACCCAUGGCCCCCAGAUUCCAGAUGUGGCCUCUCAUUUAAUCCAGAAUAAAGAGAUGGGGGGGGGGAGGGAGAUUUCAGAGAACCCACUUUGGGGAAGGGAAAUUGGGACAGGCAGGCUCUCUGGGCAAAUAAUCUGCAGGACAGACAGAUGGACAGAUCCUCUGCUCUAUGGAGCGAGUCUCCGCAGGGCAGGGGUGGGGGAAGGGGACCAGGGAAACCCUUGGCCAAGGGGAGUGGGAGAAGCAGCGGUUGCUCACAGGCAGAGGUGCCCAUCUAAAUUGAAUUUCCAGGGUGCACGGGGGCGGGGGGGGGCAGAAGAGACAACCAGGAUGGAAACCUCUCCUCUGCCCCUCUCUAAGCCCCAAACCAGCUGCCGGACUGCCUGCCCACCUGGCACCCCAUUGAGCCAGCUGUGCCAGGGCAGGGCCACAUUGUGUCUGUAUACAGAUGGGGUUUUUUCCAAUACAGCUGGUUCAUGAAAACUGUGUGGAACUCCUGCCAUCUGUUACCUGUUCUGUGCCUCCGGGCAAGGCCAGGCUAAGAGGUGGGGCUGGUCCUUCUUUUCCCACCCCACCCCCACCCCCAGGCCUGGGCUCCUGGGGGUGACUCCACUGCAGACAAGUCACCCAACAGCAGUGGGAAAGAGACCAUGGAUGGGGCUUUGGGUCUCAAGGUUGGACCAGUGUCUCGCCAACCUUCUCUGUGGCCAGUCUCCCUCUCAUCCUUCCUCCUCUUGAAUCUAUGAAUCUAUAGGUUUGUUGUGUGUAACUGCGCACGCACGCACGCACACACCUCUCGUCCUUCCAAUCCUAAGCAUGACCAUCGGUUGAGGCCAAAUUCAGAACAUCCUAAACUCAGAUUUCAAUCUCCGUUUUUAUCAAGGGGGAAACUGAGUCUCUGAGCAGUUGAGUGCCAGCUUGCCCACUGGAGGUUAGAUA